UACCUAGAAUCUGAGCAAAUGCCAAGGGAAGUAGCCUCCAUGUAAACUCUGCUUCUUGAAGGACUCCUGGCACGCACUUUCUAGCUGCAACUGCAACCCCUUCUCUCUCCUCCCUCUCCUCUCUCUCUCUCUCUGUGUCAGCAUUUACUUGAAACUCGAACUCUUGUUCAUUUUCUCUCUUCUUCUUCUCUCUCUCUCUCUCUCUCUCUCUCUCUCUCUCUCUCUCGGUGUUUAUUUGAGAAGAAUCAAUGGAGUCAAAGGACAAGAGGUACACGGGUCUUCACAAUAAAUACUUUUUCUAUAAUGGGUAUUUCUCAAAUUCAAAUUGUUGCCUUUUUAUGCUGCUUCAAUUCUUUAACCCCAAGUUGUUAUUUUUGCAAUUUUCUGAUCACAUAUGAUAUUGUAUAUUGGAACUUGGUAUUUUCCUUUUUUUAUUUAUAUAUUCAUGUUUGAUUUGUCUAAGUUAACGGAUGAAACGUUGAGAUUAUUAUUUUCUAAAAUUGCUAAUUAGAAACUAUUGAACUUCUUUUGGAGUUUUUUUCCUGAAAGAUGAAGAAGUCUGUUCAAUUUGUAUUGUCCAAAAUUUUAUCUCAAUCUUUACUUAUAUUUUCAGAUAAUAUGAGCCUAGAAAAAUUGGUCCUGAGAACAAUAGGGUAGUUGACCACAGAAAGAAGAUAAAAGGAGGGUUUUUUUUUUCUUUCUCUUUGGCAUAAAAUUUUAUUCUUGCAAUGCAUGAUGUUUAAAACCUGAUAAAGUUAAAUCCCGUUUAUAUUGAAUGGUUUCACUAUCUAUUGAAUUGUACUUGUGGUUAAGUUGGGGACAAUAUUAAUGUUGUUUAGGUGUGGGCCGUUAGACGGACUAUAAACCUUUGGCACUUCAUUAUGCUCAUGCAUCAAGAUCGCUGUUGGUGGUGUACAAUUUUAGUAUCUGAACUUUUUUAAGUCUGGCUACUUAAAUUAUCAAUCCCGAAUGAACUUCUCAGUAUAAUUCUCAAAUUUUUGCACAAUACUAAAUCAUGGCGCGUUUUCAUUUUACACCGUAUGUUUCCCAUGGCUCUUACCUGCACUGUGAUAAAUUUGCUAGCUUUAUAUACAUUGUUAGUCCAUUCCCUAACAGUUUAAGCUUUUGGGGUACAAUGUCUAACAUGGUAUUGAAGCUAUGGUUUUCAGGAGGUCUUGGGUUCAAAAACUCCAGUUGUCAUUCCCCACUUCUUUGUCGGUUUACACAGUAGAGGGUGGGGAUGCACCUAUAUGUUUCUCUCUGUCUGUAUUUCUCUGCCUCUCCUCCACGUGCAGGAUAAGGCUACAUGUGAGGGAGGGUGUUAGCUUGAUUUACGCUGUAGGUCAAUUCCGUUUACAGCUUAAGCUUUUCAAGUUCAGUGUUGUCUAACAGUAUUUUGUUAAUUUAAUUCAAAUAACAGAAGAAUCUAAUCAAGUACCUCAAAAACUCUAUAUAUCAAUGAAGUUUUGAAACCUGAUUGAAGAUGGUAUUAAUAUCACAGGUAAUAGAAUUCUAUGGAUUUCAAGUGCCAACCCCUCUGAUUUGCGGUUAAAUAUCCUCGUUGCUGAGCCAGCUGAAUGUGAACAAUUUGCAUGUUCGUCAUGCAGAAAAUGGAUGCAGACAAUGAGAACAUAGAGCCUGUGACUGAUUUGGGGCUAUCUCUGGGAUAUUUGAAUCAAUGCAUUCGGAGAAAAUUGAACGGUGAUUCAGGUGCAGGUGCAAAUGCAGGUUCAAGGAUACACAGGGCAUUCGUGGCUCCUGAGCCCCUGUCAGAAUUAGUUUGGGAUACAGAUAAAGGACCAAGUAAUGUCACUCUUUCACCGCCACAAAGCAAUAUAGGCAGGAGGUCUGCUACUGACAGGCUUACUGAUGACGUGGACUUUCUAACAGCACAGACAACAGUUCAUCUAACGAGAGAAGUUGCAAGUAAAGAAAUGACUAUGUCUCCCACAAGCGAUGCUGGCGUCAUGCCAAUAUGCAGGUCAAGCCAUGAGACGGGAAAUGAUAGUAAUGUGGAGGAAGUGAAAGCGGCUGUGGAAGUAUCUGUUCCACGUAACCAGGAGGGCCAUUGCAGUCAAGCCAAUGUUGAAGUACAUGAAAUACCUCAAAUAUCCGAGACCAGAGAAAAUUUCAUUACAAGAUUGUCAGGUAACGGUGACAGAGAAGGGGCUGAUAUCUUAUUUGUCGAAUCAGAUCAGAAGAUACCUUUUAUGGAACAAACUGAACCAUUAUUGGAGGAUUCUGUUGGUCAGGACAGACGUGCUGAUGUUGGGGAUCAGAAAAUGCAACUUGUCUUGACCUCCGAAGUUCACCCAGUGAACGAAAGUCAAGCUUCGGAUGCUCCAGCGAUGAAUAAAAAGGUACAAGGCAGUAGGCCGUUGGAUAUACUGGAGGCAACAGCUGAGAAUGAUUUAAUGAACCUCAAAGAUGAACAUGCUUAUGCUGCAGCAAGUCAGUUUUUAGGAUCAGAAUCUUCCCCAGGGGUUAAGGACAGGUUCGAACAAGGUCAGGAGAUGCUUCCUGGAAACGAAUCUGUUCUUGACAAACACUCUCCUACUAACAGCAGCAUCCAUAUGAGUCGAAGGAAAGGCAAAGAAAAAGCGUUAUCUGAUGGAGAUCUUAAUGGAAGAAUGACAAAAGAUAAGGAUGAUAGCCAUGAAAGUGUUGAGAGCUGUAAUAGUGCAGGAUUGUUUUCGUCGGGCAAGAAGAGGUGGAACUCCGAAGAAGAGUUCAUUGUCGGGAGUAAAAGAUUCAGAAAGCAAAUUCUAGAAACUCCGAUCUGCACAUCCUCUAUUAGACAAGAUAGCUCCUUCAUGGUUUGGAUAUCAAGCAUGGUGAAAGGGUUUUCAAAAUCAAUGCAAGAUGAGGCACCGCCUCUUGCACUUACCCUUGCACAUCCUAAUCGUGGAGAUGAGAAUCCUGAUAAUAAACUUAUCACAUGCAAUUUGAACCAAGGUGAUGCAGUAAAAAGUAUUGGUUUCCAGACGAUUUUUCAGUCCUUGUAUUGCCCAACUGCAGAGCGCCAAGAAGCACAGAUAUUGAGUAACAAUCAUAAAAUAGGAGAUAUAUCAACUGAGCUUGAGCCAGCUACUUCUCCAAAAGUCUGUCAUGUGGAGAAUAUUAAUUUAGGCAGAGGAUUUAUGCUGCCAGUUGAAAAGUUCAACAAAUCUUCAUCAGGAAAUGAAGUGCGUUCAGCAGGCAGUCAGGGGAAAGGCCAUACUGGCUCCGAGGAGAACAAGAAUCCAUGCAACUUUCCGUUUUAUAAACGGAAAGAUAGAGUUAGCCCUAAUUCUUCUCUGGGUAAACUCAAGAAAAGGAGGGUCGAGAAUGUUGAAUCUAACUCACAAUUUAAAGGGAAGACGACUGAUGAAUUUGGUUAUAGAAGGGACCUGAUGGGAAGCUUGUGGAUAACUCGGUUCACUCCAAAAACACCCGGUCUCGCAGAUCAUUACAACAAGAGUGCUGAUGGAGUUCUUGGGUGCUCCAACGACCACAAACAUGUGGGGGACAAGGAACAGUCUGCUGGUGAUUUAGUUAUUGUCAUUGGUAACAAUAUGCAAAACUGUGCAGCUGACAAUGAGGGCUCAUCUGCUUUCAAUAGAAAUAAAGGUCAGAAUGGUCAAGCGUCCAUGUCCGAAUUCAGCCCUAUCUUACCUUCCUCUGAAGUCAGAAGUUCGGAAGUGGCUUCUAUUUUUGCUAGGAGAUUGGAUGCCCUUAAGAACAUCACCCCAUCCAAUGCAUCAGAUUAUUACUGCAGUCAGAGUGAAACGAAGCUGAAUUCAAGAAUUGAUGGAGAUAUGAAGCUCCUAACUGGUAAGGAGAGUCAGUUCGAAGCUUCUGUUGCUCAUACAUGUUUUAAUGAGGACACUUCAAGAAUGGAGACAGGUAUCAAUAUGAGCUGGAAUGCUAAUGAUACGAGAGCCUCUAAGAAAAUAGCAUAUCGUUCAAAUUCAGUUAUGAAAAACAGUGCUUCAAGCUCUGUGGAAAAUAAGUUGAAAGAAAAUCAGAUCAUGCCCUCGUCACAGUUUGUCAAUACGCAGAUUCCAAAUAUACCGAAAGGAAUCAUCGACUCUGUGAAAAGGCUUCGCUUGUCUCGCACCGAUGUUCAGAAAUGGAUGGAUUCCCGCAUGUCACUCUCGCAACUCGAGGGGUUUUUCCUCCGCCUGCGGCUUGGGAAGUGGGAAGAAGGACUUGGGGGAAGUGGAUACUAUGUGUCUUGCAUAACUGGUUCUCAGAAAGAGAGUUGUCCACAGAAUGUGAAAGACUCGAUAGCUGUUAUUGUUGGUGGGAUAAGAUGUAUGGUUAAGAGCAAGCAUGUAUCCAACAACGAUUUCCACGAGGACGAGCUGAGGGCAUGGUGGUCUGCUACCUCAAAGAGCAGUGGCAAGAUUCCGUGUGAAGAAGAUUUGAGAGAAAAGAUGGAUGGAUUUCCGCACGUCACUCUCACCCUCCACCGCUUUAUUCUGAAGAAGAUGAGGCUAAGGCCAAGGAGAUGGGAACAAAUGAGAGCGCCUUUUUUCUUGCUUGGUUGGGGCUCGGCGGCGUCAUCCUAGCUCAAGGCCUUCUUCUUGCCGCUUCGGGUAACCUUUCUGUUCAUUGUGAUUGAAUUGAUGUGAAUCAUCCAUAACCAUGAAGGGGAGGUAGAAGAUAGGGGGUAGUUUGCGUAUAAAAGUUGGAUUCCUAGA